UUCAAAUAUGGGAGGCAAGCUUAACAAAAAGAACGGGUACAAUGUAAAUGAUGAGAAAGCCAAGGAUAAAGGCAAGAAGGCUGAAGGAGCUGGUGCAGAGGAAGAAGAAACUCCCAAGGAGAAUGACGAGACCCAGACAGUGACAGAGACCACAGAUGUGAAGGAGAACGACAAAGAGAAGACUGACAAAGAUUCCCAAGUUACUGCUAACAAGACUGAGGAUAAGGAAGCAGAGAAGAAUGCUGCAGCCGGCAAAGAAAAGGCUCCAAAACCAGAGCCUGAGAAGCUAGAGGCUGUCCCUGAUGGGGGAACAGCAGCAGAAAGUUACCAAACUAGAACAGGCUCUUGCCUCUACCCCAGCAGUAGUAAUGCUUCUAAGACUUUAGCACCUAGCAAUGAGGCAAAGGUCUCUGAGUCUUCAGAAACCACAGCAACUAGUAAAGUAAAUGACAAGAUCAAAGAGGAAGGGGAAGCAAAAAAGCCUGAGGCUUCCAUAGCUCCCAUCACCCAAGAAACUAAAAGUGAAUUGACUCCAGCUUCACACUCUAAACCUAGUACCAAGAAAGCUGUGUCUUCUUCCAAGGAGACUCCAACAGCAAUGGAAACCCCUAGCUAUGCACCCUAAGGCCCAGGAAUC